AUGGAUUUCGGUUACACCCGUUAUGGGACUGGGUCCUCGUUUAGCGGCGACGGAAGAUGCGGGGUUUGGGAAAUGGUGGAAAUGAGGGAAAUUGCCUGGCAAACGGCUAAAAAACAUGUAAGUUGGGGUCGAAGUGGUUUUUAAUUUGAUGAAAAAAGGUUUGAAUAUUGUUUUCAAGGUUUUGUGGUUAUUUUACAGUGUAUUUUAGUUAUGUUAUAGACGGUUAAUAGGCUAAAAUCGGCGAUUUUUUGAUGAUUUUUGGCAUAAAACAAGAUUUUUUGGUGAUAAUUUUAAUUUCCAUUUAAAUUCCAUAAGCCAAAAAGUUUUUUUAGCCUUACAUUAUCCUAUUAGCUCUUUUUAUCAGCUCAAAAGUUCAUUUCCACCAUAAAAAUCAAGUAUAAUAUCAUCUUUUUUUCAGUUUGCGACCUUCCUAAUUGCUCUAACAUAUGUCAUCACCACGGUCACAAUCAUCCUUCCAUUGGGUUUCACCACGAUUUACACCCAAAUCUUCCCAGAAAGCGGGCUUUUUCCCACAAUGAUCAGCACUUUUCUAAUUUUUGUCAGCUUUUUGGCGCUUGUCAUCGGAAAUUUGUUCAUGAAAAAAUGGCUCUAUAUCCCGGCUAUUAUCUGCUCGGUAAGUGGGUUGAUUAUACAUAUAUAUGUUGGAUGGGUAAAAUACGCCGUUUUAAAUCUGACUUUUUUGAAAAUUUUUUAUUGCACUGUGCGGAUUUGGAUUUUUUAUUUUGUAUGCACUGUGCAGUGGAAUUUUUGGGUUGCAAAUUGCGUCUUGCAAUUCGUUGAGGGUUUGAAAAUCGUUCAAGCAUUUAUUUUUGGGCUAAAUUUCUUUAGAUACGAUGAAAAAUGAUAUAUUGUCCAUUGCACUGUGCAAAAUUAAAAUAACGUGGAAAUUUUGCACCGUGCAGUCAUUUUUUCAUAUCGCACUGUGCGGUGACUAACUAACAGAAGGUUAAAUUUUGUUGUUCAAAAAUUUUACCUCCUUCUGGUCUGCACAUUACACUAAAAUCAAUUUAAAAUUUUCGCGCAGAAUUUUUAAUUCACAUCAGACAAAAUUUUUUGCACCGUGCAAGAAUGACCUUGUAAACUCAUUAAACCAAAAUCGAACAGCGGCGUUGAUGAGAAAAGGUGUGGUAACAUCGCCGUUUGUCAUCUUCAAAAAACCGCUCAACUCUCCAUUUCCGUUCCAUUUCCGACGGCCCUUGAGUAAUGACCGGAAGUACACGGGAAAGUUACAACAAAAACUGGAACAGUUUAUGAUCCGGGUUAACAGGGGGCUACAGGAAGUAGGGGUUUCUGGGUUAAGUGAUUUUUUGAGGAAUUUGAAUUUUGUCAGUUUAAAAAUUUUUUUUGCACAGUGCAAUCGACGGAUUUUAAGAAAAAAGUUUGCUGCACUGUGCAGUGGAAAGGAAUAAAUAAAAAUAUGUUGAAAAUGAGUGUAAAUAACGUAUGCUGUAGGAAAAUUAAUGUAAAAUACGUAUCCCAUCUAUAUGUGUCGAUUUUUACAAAAUUGUUUUAUCGCACCGUGCAAAAUUUCAAGAUUUUUAAUUUCGCACUGUGCAGUAAAUAAAAAUGGGGUUUUUUUGAAACGCAAUGCGUAAAAAAAGUGGGAAAGACAACUUUGUGGCUUAGUAUACGAGGUACACCUUUUUUAAAUUUUUUUUCCUAUGGGCAUCCUCGCACCGUGCAAGAAUCCCAUUUUUUGUUUUCUGCACAGUGCAAAAAAUAAAAAUGAUAUUUUUGUGGCUCAGUGCAAAGAGUAAAAUAAAAAUGAGUUUAAAAUACCCUGAGGCAGUCUUUUAACAUUAUUUUUCUAAUAUCUGUAAUGCAAAAAGAUUUUUUUUGCACAGUGCAAUGAAAGAAAGUCCUCAAUCCGAGUGCACUGUGCAAAAUUGAUGACUUAAAAAUUUUUUUGAUUUCAAAAUCAAUUCUAUUAAUUUCCAGGCGAUUCUCUUCAUCGUCACACUGGCCACGGUCCUCGCAUCAUUGGCUCUUUCGGUUUUAUUUUUCUUCCAAUACUCGAACACCUCUUCCAACGGAAUCCAAGAUCUUUUGGACAAUUACAUCGCUGUGGUUGCCUACAUUUUCUUCCAAAUUCUCUGCGCUCUCGUCGCUCAUCUCUACUACAAGCAAUUGAUGCUGUUGAUCAGCGAUUAUCAUUAUAUCCAGCGAUUUGUGGAGCUCUACGAAAGUCAUGGCAAGGAGCACAUUGCUGAGAUGUUUGCGGCCGGAAAAUUGUAUGAUACGUUGUAUCCGGAGAAGGUGAUUUGCGACAGGACCAAUGUGUAUGUGAUCGAGGAGAUGGGAGUGGUGGUAUAA